AAUCGAUAACAAUUUUUAUAUCGAUAAAAAUAUUAGUGGUGUGGUGCCGAAAAGAUCAACAAAAAAAAAAACAUGCAGAAUUUAGAAAAGAUCAAAAGCGCAGAGAAGCCUCAUUCCCAAUACUUAAAUGCAACUCCAGUGGCAGAGGAAUUUAAGGUGGUAACCAGAAAGAAAUGGAUCGCACGAAAAUGUCUAAGCCGGCGAAAUCGUCACAAAUCCGAAAGUGAUUACUUGAACGAUUGUCCAGAUGUAGAUGUGGACAGAUUCGAAACCCGCCUCAAGCGACUUUGUUCAGAGAUGAUAAAAAGCGAUUACUUUAUAUUGGCCAUGGAAGCACUGCAACAGCAAAUGGAUAUACUGAAUCUGCAGCACCCGCUAGAGCGUGUUGUGUGCUUGGGCUUGGGACCAUUUACCCGUACACAUCAGGCUAUGCAUCAGGCGGCAUUUGUGAUGAGUCUACAAAGUCACACCAAUGUCAAAGAGGUUUAUUAUUACGAUCCUGUGUUUAGGGAUACAGAAAAAGAGCUUAUUGAGCGUUUCAAAGGCAUUGUAAUCCCGGAGAACAGUGCAAGCAAAGAUGAGGCCAAAGUGGUAACUUUGUAUUACUUGCCCCACUGUCCCUAUGCGUUAAUGAAUAACCUCCUAUGGUCAAAUUGGCAUCGAGAAAAGUUACAAAAUGUAUUACUCAUUUGCAAUAGUUUUGAGAUGUUAACUUUAAAUCAAAGAGUUAGUAGAGACGAUCACAUAAAUAGAAUUACAAAACACUGCCUGGAAACGCAAUUGGAAGAUGACUAUGAGCAUCAAAAUGUGUUUAACGACUUGUCUCUCCAUAUAUUUCCCACCGUUCGAUUGCCCCUUGAAACCGACACAAAGUUCUGGACACGUUGUCCUCUCCUCAAAGUUAACGAGGAUGAGAUUUCGGAAGAACUGAAUGUCGUAAGUUUAAAUGAUUAACAUACACAUAUACAGAUAAAAGAUUCAAUGUAUUUAUUUGUAAGUAAAUCAAAGGUUUAAAAUCUUG